CACACACGCAGCACAUAUUUGUGAGCGUGUGACAGCCGUUUCAUCCAGUCCUUUAUUUGAGCAGCUGCUUCUGUAGCUGAGAAAUCAGGUCUGUUUCUCGUGCUUGUCAGUGCUUCUGAGUACCGGUGCAUUAAGACCGACCUGAGGAGCUGGACUUUGCUGGACUUGGGUCGCUGGCAGGUCGGUUUGUGGGCGUUUCUCUGGAUGCAGAAUGUGGGGCAUUUGCGGCAGAACUGUGGGGGGGAUGGCAAAGGCUUGUGGGUUCGUAAGACCCAGACACCUGGUCAAGCCCGUAUCAGCGACUCGUGUGGCUGGCAGAUACCUGACCCACCAGAGGGGGUUGCCAUGUCUGCCUGUCCCCCCUCUGCAGCAGACCUGUGAACGUUACAUCACGGCUCUGGAGCCCAUGGUAGAGGCUGAUGAACUGAUGCACACAAAGCAGCUGCUGGAGGAGUUCAAGAAAGCCAGUGGGCUUGGAGAGAGGCUGCAGAAAGGCCUUGAAAAGAGAGCGCAUGGCACUGAGAACUGGCUGUCAGAGUGGUGGGUUCAAGUGGCUUAUCUUGAGUACCGGAUGCCAGUGGUGGUCCAUUCAAGCCCUGGGUUGGUCCUGCCCCGCAUGGAUUUCAGUGAUAAGCAGGGGCAAAUCAGGUUUGCUGCUAAACUCAUCGCUGGUGUUCUGGACUUCAAGACAAUGAUCGACAAUGAAACUCUACCAGUGGAGUACCUUGGAGGGAAGCCUCUGUGCAUGAACCAGUAUUAUGAAGUGCUGUCAUCCUGUCGCAUCCCUGGUUUGAAGAAAGACUCUGUGGUGAACCACGCCAAGAGCUCGAACCCUCCCAGACACAUCACUGUGGUGCAUAACUUCCAGUUCUUUCAGCUGGAAGUGUACAACAGCAACGGGACUCCGCUGACGGCAGAUCAGCUCCUAGUUCAGCUGGAGAAGAUCUGCAGCGCUUCCUCAGAGACAGAGGCCGAGCCUGUUGGCAUCCUCACCACCCAGCACCGGGACUGCUGGGGGAAGGCCUACCUCAGGCUCGUCAGCGAUAAGACCAAUAAAGAGUCCGUUGGCGCCAUCCAAAGGAGCAUUUUUACGUUGUGCUUGGACGGAGCAAUGCCUCAGGUUGCCGACGAGACGUACCGAAGCCGGGCUGCCAUCCAGAUGCUGCAUGGAGGAGGCAUCCGGGGAAACAGCGGGAACCGCUGGUUCGACAAGACGCUGCAGUUUAUCAUCGGCGAAGACGGGACAUGCGGCGCAAACUACGAGCACGCCCCAGCCGAGGGGCCGCCCAUCGUGGCCUUGAUCGACCAUGUGGUGGAAUACACGAGGAAGUCUGAGGCGGUUCAGGCUGCCAUGGCUUCUUUGCCCACACCUCGUAGACUGCAGUUCAACAUCACAGCUGAGAUAAAGAAGGACAUCGAGGAGGCCAAAGUCAGCAUGAACAAGCUGGCUCAGGACCUGGACAUGAAGGUUAUAGUAUUUGGCCACUUCGGAAAAAAUGUCCCAAAAGCUUACAAGAUGAGUCCUGAUGCCUUCAUCCAGAUGGCUCUCCAGCUGGCCUACUACAGGAUGUACCAGCGAUGCUGUGCCACAUAUGAAAGCGCCUCGUUGCGAAUGUACCGGCUGGGCCGCACAGACACGAUCCGAUCCACCUCAAGUGCCUCGGCUUCCUUUGUCAAGGCCUUUGAUGACCCCAGUAAACAGAGCUCAGAGAAGGUGGAUCUGAUGGAGAAAGCUGUGAAAGCACACAGAUCCUACACCAAUAUGGCGAUCAGCGGCCAGGCCAUCGACCGACACCUGCUGGGCCUGAAGAUGCAGGCCGUAGAGGAAAAGCUUUCUGUGCCCGCCAUCUUUAAAGAUCCCGCCUACGCCAAAGCCUUGCACUACCAGCUGUCUACAAGUCAGGUUCCGUCCCAGACCGACUGCGUCAUGUGUUUUGGCCCAGUGGUACCCAACGGCUACGGCGUGUGCUACAAUCCCAUGAACGAUCACAUCAACUUUGCCGUGUCAUCGUUCAACAGCUGUAAAGAGACGAACGCAGGACUUCUGGCCCAGGCCGUGGAGGACGCCCUGCUGGACAUGAGGACGCUGCUGGAUCAAACUCCCAGAGCCAGACUGUGAGCUCGCCAACCGCUCGGCUCACGGCGAGGCGUCCGGUUCGGCCUCUGCCAUCCUCACCUCGCCGCGGUACGCCGUGCAGGAGAUGCUGUAAAUCCAUAUUAAAUUGAAAUCAUGAAGCACAUGUUUACAAGAGAAUAUGAACCUGGAACGUGUAUGUUGUUGGAUUAUAACAAUCACACCGAUCAGCUGAUUCUGGAGCAGUCGCUCACUUUGUUGAUCUGUUUGGAAAAUCCUGAACUGGAAAUUGUUAGGUUUUAAUCUAUUGGUCCGACAACAUUUCUUAAUAUUUUUUAAAUCUAUUUUUAAUGCAAUCACUCAAUAAGUGACUUAUUUUCUCAUUUUUAGUUGCAGCUGAAGCUCACGAGUUCAUACCUGUGCCUUCGACCUAAAAUCAGUCCACACUUUGGCCUGUGUUUGAUUUCAGCUUCUAACUUA